AUUUGUCAACACCCGAAUCCUACAAUGAGAUACUGGGGUGCGGAGGCAGUGACGUCCCUGGUGAAGUCUUCGCUGGGAUACGCUUACGACCCUCCCCUCAAUGAAAAUGUGAAACUGCAGUCCAUGCUGCUGUCCCCCCUCCAGGAGCUGUCUAGUAUUCCACACCCUGACAUCAGACAGAAACAGCUGGAGUGCGUGCUCCAGAUACUACACAACAAUGGGGACUCCCUGGGCCCAGGCUGGCCCUGCGUCCUCGGGGUGAUAGGAGCUGUCUCUAAUGAUCAGGGAGAAAAUCUGAUACGGACAGCAUUCCAAAGUCUGCAGCUCGUCAUCACUGACUUCCUUCCCAUCAUGCCCUCUUCCUGUCUUCAGGUGGUUGUGGAUGUCGCAGGACGAUUUGGUCUUCAAAACCAGGAGUUGAACAUCAGCCUCACAUCUGUGGGAUUAUUGUGGAAUAUAUCAGACUUCUUCUUUCAAAAUCGAGAAAAAAUUAAAUAUGACCUGAAGGUGGAGCCACCAGCAGUGGCGUCCAGUCAUGCAGUGGAGCCUUUUGAUGCACUGUGGAUGUGUCUGUUUUCAAAGCUUGGAGAGCUGUGUGUAGACCACCGUCCUGCAGUCAGGAAGAGCAGCAGUCAGACGUUGUUUUCUACCAUCGGGGCACAUGGAGAUCUUUUACAGCAGACGACAUGGCAGGCGGUGUUAUGGCAGGUUUUAUUCCCACUGCUGGACAAAGUACAGAAGUUCUCCAAGACAGCGUCCAGUGUGAAGCAAUCGAAUGAUGCCACGGGAAAUAUCCUGAUCCACCACUCCAGGGACACAGCGGAGAAGCAGUGGGCGGAGACGCGGGUGAUGGCGCUGGCGGGGGUGGCCAGGGUGGUCAGUGGCAAGAGACGCGUGCUGCAGCAUGCUUUAAGUGAUUUUCCUAGAGCUUGGGCGUUGUUGCUAGAAUUCAUAGAGAGUGCAGCACUUUGCCACAAUGCAGAAGUCGCUCUAGCAGCGCUGAAAAGUCUCCAAGAAGUUUUACAAAAUGGUGAGGAUUCAAAAUCAGCUGGUGAUGCUAUCAAGAAUGGAACAGACAGCAAAGGAGGACAAUUGAGUAGCAGUGAAACAAAAGUUAAGACAGACCCUGGCUUGGAUAUAGCACUGUGGUCUAAUGCAUGGAGGGUAUGGUUGAGCAUCGGAACAACCUCAACGCAGCCUCCUUCUAGCUCAAGUAAUGCUACAAAUCCAUACCUACCAGCGCAACCAUUCCUCACUGCCUUAGUUCAGAUAUUUCCUGGUCUUUUUGAGCACAUCAGGUCCCGGUUUGGCUGUGCAGAUUUGCAGAAGUUGACGGCUGUGUUGAAGAGUGCACUGAGCGUCCCCGUGGCUGGCGAGGCUUUCUCCUUCAUACUGCCCACUAACAUGGACAUGAACAUGACUCCCUUACAAGAGGGCGUUCUUCAGGCGGUCAAUGUCCUGGUCAAGGAAAUCCGCCAGGGUUCAGAGUCUUUGCAUACUAUGUACCCGGACUUGUACGAACAGUUGCUGACAUUUGUGGAGUAUGCAGUGGUGCCCCCUAGAUUUGGGAAAGUGGAGACUAAGAGUGCUGCACAAGUGCGUGGAAUGCAGUCUGAGAUGGUAACAAUGAACUUUGUGCCAUUUGGAGAGCAAGUAUUGAAUAUCGUAGUCGACAUUUAUCGGGCGACGGCAAAACAUCGCACUGUCAUCAGCCACCAUGUUCUGCAUAAAAUAAUCAAGACAUUGCGUGUUCCCUUGAGUGCCAAAUAUGGCUGCCCCUCACCCACGACAUGGGUCCUGGCCAUCAACUCUCUCAUCUCGGUGCUCAUAGUGGGUCUGCCUGUGGCCAGGAAGCAUGAUGUGGCUUACGAGGGUGUGUGGUCAGAGUUGGCUCACACACUGGAAGAAUUCCUGUUCUCCAAACACCCUACCCCUUCCACAGCAUCAGUGGAAGACUAUCAGAGAGAUGAGGCAAUUGAUUGUAGGGUUGUUCAGGUAAUCCGGGAUGAGAUCCUGCCCUAUGGCGCUGGCAUGCCCAAGGAAUUUGUCAUCAAGAUCAUGCACAUACUAAACCAGGGCUCCAUACAUGCAGCCACAACUGAUGCUUUCAUAGAUACAGACUCUAGUCGUAAGUUACGUGAAGAGUUUGCCAAAGCGUGCUUCGAGACUUUACUCCAGUUCUCCUUCAUCACAAAUGCGUACAGCACUGGCGAGGGAACGAUAACGGACCUUGCCGUUUCUUCCAUGUUACAGCGAUGCCAGGGCGUCAUUAAGAAGUUUGUGGAAGACGAGAGGCUGAGUGGAAAAUGUCCUCUGCCAAGACCCCGGAUGGCAGAGAUGUGUUCUGUGUUGAAAGCUGUGGCAACUCUUUUGUCUUCACUCAAGAAAGCACCACAAGCAAACAUUGACCCCAGCAUCUGGAGCCAGGUGAUACAGCUGUACCCACACUUAGUAGACUGCACUACUUCUGGAUCCCCCCAUGUCUCUAAAGCUUUGAAAGAGUCACUUCAUGAAUUUAAAGAACUACUAGCACCCCCUAGUGGUGUGCAAAAUGGUCUCUGAUUGGAUGUGGUAAUGUCUGCUGUGGAGAAACUGAUACCAGGAGAAAAAUUCUUGUUAAAUGUGAAGAUUUUCUAUGUUCAUUACGACGAGGUUUUGGGUGCUGAUAUAAAUAUGUAAAUGUGCAAUUUUUGUCUGGGGGCAUUUUGGAAAUUACUCUCAAAAAUUAAUAAAAAAUUAAUUAAUAUAGUUCCUAAAAGUAAUAAUGAAAAUGGCGAUUCAAAAGUUUUGAUGAGUGCGGGUUGGCUCCAUGCCAAAAGAACAUUUUCAUAAGUGACUGAGAAGAUUAAAUCUUGAACAAUUAAGAUAUUAGAACUAUAAUUGAGGUAUUGGAAAAUUUCCAUAAGUAAGGGUUUGCCCGAGUUUCAGAGUUGUUAAGGAACUGACAGAGUAGAGUGUCCAGGGGUAAAAGUUAAUCUUAGUUCCCUGAAGUUCAGGAUAUUGCUGUACAAACUAUGUGAUAAAUAUAAAACUGGUGGCAACCCUGGGAACAGAACAUUUGCUACAAUAGUCACUGGAUGUUUCUCCAUUGUUGCUAGCUUCAUAGUGGUUAUCGAGGAUUUCCAUACAGUAGAUGAUGAAAUUGGUUAUGAAGUAUUGUUGAUAGUUGAUUAUACAUGGACUAAUAAUUCAGUGAAAAAGACAAUUUUGAUUUAAAAAAAACAGAAAUGUCAUUGGUUUCAUUGAAAGGUUUGACAUGAGAUGUAGUGUAGCAAUGUAUGUCCUGUUGCGCAUUUCUUCAGUUUUGGCAGCACUUCUUUAGUGCA